UAGCAAACCCUUCACUGCACCAUUCUAAAGCUAAAGCCUGAAAUAUUAUUACUUAGCUUCGUAUAUCAUAUCAAUGGCUAUGGCUUCUUCCAACAGAGCUUCCUCUUCGUUGGCUCUUUUCUUUGCCCUCAACCUUGUCCUCUUCGCUUCCGUGUCCGGCUGCGGCUCCUGCGUGAAGCCGAAGCCGAAGCCGGCAUGUCCUCCGCCGCCGUCUACUCCAGUUCCAGUUCCGGCUCCAAAAGCCAGCUGCCCCAUUGACACCCUGAAGCUGGGAGUUUGCGCCGACGUGCUAGGCUUAGUGAAGGUGGUGAUUGGAGCCGACAAGGAGCCGUGCUGCUCGCUUCUUAGCCCCUUGGCCGACGUGGACGCGGCUGUUUGCCUCUGCACGGCUCUUAAGGCUAAUGUUUUGGGCAUUAACCUUAAUGUCCCCAUCUCACUCAGCUUGCUCCUCAAUGCUUGCUCCAAGGUUGACCCAGCUGGCUUCAAAUGCGAAUAAUUAUUCAUCCUCACCUAUGCUCUAUUAUUGGGUAACACUUGUGUGAGACCGUCUCAUUGCACGGGUCUCAAUUCGUGAGACGAAUAGGAUCUUUGACAUCAUUAAUCAAAGAUCCUGCUCAUAUCACACAAG